GCUUACUUUCCUUAGUGUGCACUCACGGUCGGAUAGAACGCCAAGAAAAGCUUUGCGACCCAAAACUUUGAGCUGCCCCAAGACCCAACGAUGCAUGGGCCCUGUUCAUCAAUCAAGUCGAGAGAGAUGCUGUCGCAAGAGCGCAUCAAGUUCAAGACGGAGCGGGUCGGCGCCAUCCCAGAGGACCUCCUCAACAGCCCCGCCUUUAUCGCUCUCGCUGGGAAGGUCUCUGACGCCAUUGUGGAGCUGGAGGCGCUCGGAGCGACGCCCGUCAUGUACGACGGGCUGGUGGGUGGCAACGCGGCAUUCAUCCUCACCAAAGACCAACUGCCCGACACGCAACGGCAGCACGCUCCCCUUCUCGUGGUGAGUGAGUGACCACUGACUGCACUUCAUUCAGAUCUAUGCCAUUCAGCUUGAUGGGUGAGCGAUGUUUGCAGGUGACCAAGUCGGGGAAGGCUCCCAACCGCCGACCAAGCAUCGCUGACGGGGACUUCGUCGUCGCGGUUGGGUUUGACCGCACUCAGUGGAAGGUGGACUACUGGAGUGUUUGCGGCGAGAAGCCGACGAGCGACACGCCGCUGCACUAUGCGGCGCUCAUGCCUCGAGAGGGCCGCCAGCAGCCACAGGUGGCCAUCCAUGGGCACAUGUUUAGCACCGAAGAGGAUGCACAGCUCAACGGCUUGCCCAUCUCGAAGGAGCUGACUUUGUUCUCGACGCCGGAGGACCUCCACGCGCUGCAAGAGCUGAUGGAUGCCUUCCCCUACCCAGACUAUCGCGUGUACAUCCGCAAGGGCCAUGGCUUCUUCAGCGUCGGUGACACGGUGGAGAUGGCCAUGGAAAACGUGCGGUGCCUCAAACAGGCCAAGAGCACGGCCGGCAAGUCGGAUGCCGCAUAGACAACAGGGAAUCGAGGAAUGUUGGGCUCAUAAUGGAUGGAUGCAUGGAUGUAUGUGUGCAUGCAGCACAUGAAGCUUUCUGCUGCCGUACAGUGAGGGCGAUUUUUCCGUGCGCAGUGUGUGCCGUUGUUUCCUCUUUUUCUGCGCCGCUGUCACAGUAUAGUUUGCAGUGAGGUGAGGACGUUUGUUGGAUGUUUUGAGCCAGCCGUAGAUACGGUUGGGCGCAUGUGUGGGCGAGAUAAGACUUCCAUCGAUUGAUGAGCGCAUACGUGCAUCAGAGCUUCGCAUGCAUUUAUGGAUGCGGACCUACUAUGGAAUGCUAUGCAUGACCCGCGAGCACAUGAUUGGAUUGAUAGACUAUGUUCUCAGUUUCGACAGACGUGACCCUGGCCAUGCCG